UGUGUGUUGUUUACGUCCGACGUCCAUUGAACAGCUGUGAUCAAUGUAGUAAGACAGUGUACGGACUCGGGAGUCAAAUGAAAGAACAAGGGAAAUAUUCGCGUCUUUAACUGAAAUAUUAAAAUUACUAGUAUGGAUGUGUUUCCCGAUGCUGUAGGACUUUAUCCAGAUCAAAGUAGGAUUGAAAGCGAAUGAUCUCUUGAGUGUAGCAGUGAAUUUAUGACGAGCGAGAUCCUUUUUUUUGUCUGGACGGAGUCAGUGCCAGUGGAACACACACUACACACACCGAAUGAGGAUCACAACACAGUCAGAAGCAAUCCUGACAAAGAAAGGGAUCGGCAGCAAAGUGCAGGUUUCACAGCACAGGCGAAGAACUGCAGCUGAUCUGUAGAUCUACUGGUCUUGAUUCUGCCUCAAUUUGCUUCAUUUAUUUGUAGAUUUAUAGGUGUUUUCGACCGGGUUUCCCCAUUUACAUGACAGAAAAUAUGAUUUCAUUGGAGAAUUAACAAACUUUUUGAGUCCAUCCUUUAUUUUUAAAGCUUCGUCUAUUUUUCCUGAUUUAUCUGAAAAUUGAAGAGCUUAAGAAACUACAUUUGUACUGUUUACAUGAAGACUAAGGGGAAAGUAAACCCGUAAUAGGUCUGUCAUUUUAAAUUACUCCAAGCGUAAAUAUACGCCGUGUUUGUAGAAUGGAUUUUAUAUAUGACUGGGAUGACCAAGGAGAUCAGUUUUCAUUUGAGGAUAGCGAUAGGUUUGAGGAAGAUUCAUUAUGUUCUUGGGUGAGUGAGGCAGAGAGUGUAUGUAAUAAUAACUGGAGAGGAUGGAAGAAAAACAGCAACGGAACAGGAGGAGGAGACAGAUUGACGUCUGCUGUCCCGCCAGCCACUGGAAUCUCUUCAUCGUUAACAGAAGUCCCCUCAUUGGUUGAGCUGACAGCGAAGACUACCGCCCUCCACAUCCCGUUUGAAGUUGUGGAACGUGUCUACCCCCCUGUUCCUGAAAAUCUUCAGCUCCGCAUUGCUUUCUGGAGCUUUCCUGAGAAUGAGGAGGAUAUCAGACUAUACUCCUGCCUUGCUAAUGGAAGCCCUGAUGAGUUCCAGAGGGGUGAGCAUAUGGUCAGGAACAAAGCCGUCAAAGAUGUUCUUCAAAUUGGAUUUCACCUGAGUGGGACUGUAGUACCAUCCCAUCCCAUGACCCAACAGCACGGUACAAGCGCAACCUUCAACGUCGCCAUCACCUUUGACCGUAGACGCAUCUCCUCUUGCAGCUGUACAUGCAGUUCGGCCAGUAAAUGGUGUAGUCACGUGGUGGCGCUGUGUCUCUACCGAAUCCAUCAUCCGUCGUCCGUCUGUCUUCGUGCUCCUGUUUCAGAAUCCCUGUCGAGACUUCAUAGAGAACAGCUUCAAAAGUUUGCCCAAUAUCUCAUCAGUGAAUUCCCUCGUUUGAUCCUACCUACCGCUCAGCGACUCCUUGAUGAGUUGCUAUUGUCACAAGGUAGUGCUAUCAACAAGGUUUGUGGUGCUCCUGAUCCCACUGCAGGACCACCAGCUACCGAGAUGACUCAUUGGUUCUUAGAUGAAGCCAUCCUUCAUGAGAACAUCAAGAAAACCUUGAUCAGGUUCAGUGGCCCUUCACCCAUUGUUUUCAGUGAUGUCAACUCUUUAUACCUGUCCUCUACGGCACCUCAAGCAGCUGCAGAAUGGACCAACUUGCUUCGACCCCUGAGGGGACGGAUGCCUGAGGGUAUCUGGAACCUGCUAUCUAUUGUCAGGGAAAUGUACCGUCGACGUGACAGCAAUGCCAUCUCAUUGCUUCGUAUUUUAACAGAAGAAUGUAUCAUUUGUGAUCAGAUUGUAAUUUGGUGGUUCACCACGCGUACCUCAGCCCUCCACUCACAGCAUGGAAACCAUGGACACCGGGCAAGUAGCAAUAGCAGUACAGCUGCAGCUCAGCAUGCAUGCGCUAGUAUGUGUGAAGAGAUUGUCACUCUGUGGCGUCUAGCAGCUCUCAACCCUAUCAACUCGCGACAAGACCGUGGCAAUCACGAGCAAGAAUUCCGCAAGUGGCAUCUGCAGGUGAUCGAGAAGGCAAGGAAAGCCCGGGGACCAUCACAUUGGGUGGGGGCUGGCGGCACGGGUGGGAACAAUAAUAAUCUUCGUAAAGUUGACAUUGAGGUCUUUGCAGGGUUCAAGCCUGCUAUUGAGGCUUGCAUGUUGGACUGGAGUGAUUUCCCCAUAGAGGGUGUUACACACAGAGAAACACGCAUCCCUCGAGUAAAAGUAGAUCAAGGUAGUGAUUCGAACAAUCAACCCUCAGGGAGCAACCACCUAGUCAAAACACCAGAAUCUUCCACAGCGGGAACACCGACAUGCCGAUCGAGUCCAGAGUGUAGCAAGCAGGAGGUAAAUGUAGUUGUAAGUAGUAGUCUUCAAGCGGAAUCGCCAGGCUCUAAGGAAGAGAAGGUGAAGGUUGAGUCGGACAGUGAGACUCUCCUGCGUGCGAACUCCUCUGAUUCCUCCAUGUCUUCAUCAAGUGACAGGGUCGAAGGUUACCAGACUGGUGCAAGCCUAUCACACUCUGAUGAUACAGACUCUGAUGUGCAGACUGUCUCAAACUUUGCUUCAAAGCAGUCAUCGGAUGGCAAACAUUUACAACCUCAUGGAGCCGAAAUCAAAGACACUGGUAGUCAGGGUUCAAACUCACCUCGUGAGGGCGCCGCUGCUGGGGAUAAACCCAGCGGGAAGCGUAAAACAAAGAGCAAGCAUGUUGAUAGAGGUGAUUCUGAUCUAACAGACAGUGAAGCUGGUCUUGUAGCUGAACCGCUCAGGAGAGAGCAGGAGAGUGAUUCCUCUAAUGAUGCAAGGGCCGGUCGAAAGCAAGCGCUUCAAGUUGAACAGAGAGAAUCGCGUGAGUCUCAACCUUCUAGUGAUGAAUAUCAGAUGUAUUAUUAUGACACCAGACAGGCCAAAGCAGCGGAACCAACCCCACCUAAGAAGAAGAAUGAUACACCUAACCCAUUUGUGGGUAUUAAGAAAAUGGAAGAUAGGAUAGAGAUCAUGUUUUCAAGAGCAGAAGCAUUACAUGCUCAUGGUUAUACCAGGCAUGCAUGUAAACUGGCCAUUCAGCUAGCUGAAGAGAUGUUAGACAAACCACCUGUCUUAGAUGCACCUCCUCCUACUGGUCUAUCAAAUAGAGCAAGGAAGAAGCAUGUUCAUUCUCAGAGUGUCCUAACCAGUAUGACUUUGUCUAAGGCAGCGUUCCUCUGUAGCGUUCUCUCAGAGCAGUCAGAAUGUCAUCACCUUGCGUUCAGGAUGGGAAUGUUUGGCUUGGAGUUGCCAAGGCAACCAGCAUCUACCAAAGCACUAGAGGUAAAGCUGAAUAGCCAGGAGACUGACUUGGUUACCUUACUGAAGAGGAUACCUCUAGGACCUUCUGAGCUUGGUAUGAUCCGGGAGAGAGCUCAGAAGCUACAAGAAGGUACCCUACGAUCCAGGGGAGAGGCAUUGCUUCCUAUAAUGCUUGCUAGCUUUAUCUUUGAUGCACUUUGCUUACCAGGUCAACCAGCUGCAAACAUACCUCGCACUUCAGUUCGUCUGGCCCUGGUCAGGGAACGUACUCCCAACGAUGAGAAGAUGGGCUUUGAAGCAGCCGUUGCUGCUAUGGCAAUGAAAGCUAAUGUAAGUGAAGCUGAUCAUCCUCUACUGUGUGAGGGUACAAGAAGACAACGAGGAGACUUGGCUCUAGCUAUGCUAUCACAUUACAAGGAAGACCAAGGAAAAUUCAGACAGAUUCUGGAUGCCCUUCUAGAUAAGCAAGGUCCAAAGACCCACAAGACACCAUGUGCUGCUCCUAAUCCUAUUAAUCCAGUGGUAUCUAGACCAUCUCAACAAGUCCCCACUCAUGGCCAUGGCCAUGCCCAUAACCACACCCACCCACAAAGUCACAUGCCCCACCCACAAACAGCCACAGGGGAUGACAUAGCCGCCCGUAUCGCACAGAACAUGGGUGAACUCUCAAUGACUGGCAUGCCUCCUGGUCAACCCACAGGAAUCAAACCUCAAGAUGUUAAGAGAGGUAAAGGUGGCACGAAAGACGGCCAUGAUAGCUGUGAGGGCGGGUCUGACAGCAACAGCCGCAAGGAUAAGAAAUCCAAGUCUAGACUAGAGGCUCCGGGACCACGCCCUGUUUCCUCUGGACCACCUCUGACAGUCUCUGGCAAUUCCAAUCUUGAUCCUGCCAUGUGUAGGAUAGGACAACCUAAUAUCAGUCAGGCUGGUGGAGGUAGGAAUAGAGGGGAAUUCCCUACUAUCAGUGGGGAGGAUGAUGGAAGUCAUCACCCCUCUACCCAUGGUCCACCAGGGGCAAGCAACCACCCAUCAACUACCACUGGUAUUGGUUACUGGGGAAGAAUAUUUGGAAGGCAUCCUAGGAAAAGUAAAGGUAUGGCUAGUAUAGACAGUAGUGCACCGGAGACAACCUCCAGUGAUAACUCCCCCACCCUAGCAAGACGAGUACCCCCAGGGGGAUGGGGAAGGUAUCAUGGACCAGGUAGUGAUAGUGGAAGCAGUGGUAAUUCAAGUGAUUCAGUCAGUUCUAGUAGUUCAGGAGAGAGAGGAUCAGGUGCAAGGCCCAAGCUUAGGGAGGCUGAACCAAGUCCAGGUCAAGGCAUACCAGUGUCACUGAUGCGUGCUAACCCAGUCAGUAUACCGGUCGCUCCAGAGAAUCUUAAUGAGAACAAGGCUUGUAUAGCAGCAGGCAAAGCAAACAGAAGGGGUCGUAAAGGAGGUCGUAACGACAACUGUCCGACCGUUCCGAACCAGCCCAGCGAGGCUUCAGCACACUUCUUCUUUGAGUUGGCCAAGACAGUGUUAAACCGAGCCGGUGGUUCAAGCAGCACGGCACUCUUCACCCAGGAGUGUACAAACUCUAAUCACUCCGGACCUCACAGAGGUCUUCAUCUUUGUGCGUUUGAGAUUGGAUUGUAUGCAUUGAGACUUCAUAAUGCUGUUACACCUAACUGGCUAUCAAGGACAUAUUCAUCUCAUGUUUCAUGGAUUACAGGUCAAGCUAUGGAGAUUGGGAGUGCAGCUAUCAACCUUCUCGUUGAAACUUGGGAGGGGCAUCUUACACCUACAGAAGCUGCUUCAUUGGCUGACCGUGCUUCCAGAGGUCGUGAUCCUAACAUGGUACGAGCAGCAGCCCAGCUAGCUCUGUCUUGUCUCAGUCACGCUCAUGCUCUCAAUCCAACUGAUGUGAACAGGGCACUCAUGCAGUGUAAGGAGCAGGAUAUCAUGAUGUUACAGAAGGCAUGCGUAGCAGUAGAAAGCGCCGCCAAGGGCGGAGAUGUCUACCCAGAAGUACUGUUCAAUGUCGCUAAGCAGUGGGAGUGGCUUCAUGACAACUCUACAGGACAGGGUAACCAUAGCAACCAAAGACAUCAGCAUCAUCACCACCAUCAGCAGCAUCAGCAUGAUUCAGAUGAAGACAAAUCAACCGCAGCAGACGAAGGUACAGGAGAGGAGAUUGGGCCAGUGGUUCCUUUUGUCAAUGCACCUGUGAGGGGUAUCGUACCACAGCAGCGGGUGGUUGGUCUCCCGUAUGGGUUGGCACAGCCUCAUGCUGUACCAAUAGUUUAUCAUCAUCCAGAAUACCAGGAGUAUGUUGCUGUUGAUCCUUACAUGGCAAGACAUCAAUUUGGUAAUGCAGCUCACGCGAUGCCCGUCGGAGAUCACAGGUUACAACAUCGGCCGCCGAUGCCUCCUGAUGCUCACAACAUGCAGUGGCUUCCACAUCACCAAUACCACGGUCCAUGUCCUUACAAUGCCAACGUAGCCAUGCCAGGGAUGGCCGUGUCUGUACCCCGUACAGCCUUCCAACCUACGCAGGUCAUGCAGCUUCCUCCAGGACAGGCCAUGGCUCAAAGACCUAUCAUCCAGUACCCAAUGCCUCCCACCAUCAUCCAUGCACGGCCUAACGUGAUUCAGCAGCAGCAGCAACAACAGCACCCUGUGCAGCCUAUCCCUAACAUGGCCCAACCUAUAGCCCCUCAGCAACACCCAGGACUGUUUUAUCUUCAUGCUACCUAUAGGGUUGGUAUGUUAGGUAUUGAUACCUUGGCUAGGAGAGUCCAUGAUGAGAGAACACAGUCUAGGUUCUCUCCUAAUCCUCCGUAUGGUGAAGAUAUCAAGUGGCUCAUGGAGAUAUCUAAAAGAUUAGGUGUAAGUUAUGUUCAACAGUUCUGUGCAUGUGUACUAAGUGUGGUGGUGAGUCCGUUUGUUCUACAUACAAUAACCUGGGAGGCCGCUCAUUACCUGGCAUCUAUGAACCACACAUCCGUUCAGGCUAAUCUAAGAUCGCCCAUCUUGAGUCCCAUCGUACAGAAGUGCGUUCAGAUGUAUAUACAGUGUAUACAUCAGAGGAUGUAUCAUAUAACACCACCUGAAUAUGAUGAUUUCAUUAGUGUCGUUCAGAGUGCUCAGAAAGCCUUCUCAAUGCAGGCUGGUGGACAGGCACAGUUUAAAGACUUCAUUCAGUCAUUACGGAGGUUGCCUAGGUGCAAGCAUGAUUUAUGGGUUCGGCUGUCGGCUACGCUCUCACCAAGCCUCUUUGAGCAUUCCUCUUCCUCUUCGGCUUCCUCUCCUUCCACCACUACUGUCUCAACCAAUCACUGACAGUGUCUCAUUCACAGUCGGGCAGGUCUAGCCAAUCGAGAAUAGUCUUUGAAAUGUUUGGUUGGCAAAAAAUCUUUGGGGGACACCAGGAGUGAGAGACGAUUACUUUGCUAUGAAUGAUGGGAUAUUGUGUGUAAAUGUUAUCUUCCUGUCUUGUCAGUUGUGUAGAUUAGGGAAAGCCAAAUUCAAUUUCAUUUUGUGGAUGUGUGUGCCAUUUAGUCAACUGAUACACAGUGAAUCAAAUCUCAGUAUUUCUUUAAAUUCAAUAUUUCUGUAAUUAAAUUUUAAAUAUUUAAGCAAUUCAAUGCUUCCUUUGUAACUUCUAGGUAAAUGAAUGUUAUUUUAUCUUUUUUUGCUUUUCUUUUGAAUUUGAUAAUCCAAAAGUCUUUAUAAAGGAUUAAUACAAUAUUUCUCAUUUGUUAUCUAUGGGGUGUGAAUACUGGAUAAACUGGUUCUUUUACAAAGCAGGUCUUCUUACUUCUUAUCCAUUUUCAUUCAAGAGAGCGUUUGUCCCACCCAAAUGUAUUUUUUUGAAACAAUGUACAGUUUAAUAUUUCAACCUUUGUUAUUUAUUUCAAAUUUUUUUUGUAACUGAUAACUUGAAACUCAUAUGUUUUAUUUUUGUUUUACAUCCAUGUGCAAGCUAAUUUGAAGGACAUAAGUUUUUGUAUAUAAUAAGUGAAAGAUUGGGUACUAGGAGAAAGACACUGGGAUUGUAAUUAAUUUGAUUGCAAUAUGGAGUAUUUGAAAUUAUUCAAAGAAUGAGAUGUGAAAGUGAUUUAAAAUCAAGAUUGAUUAAUCAAUUGUAAUUGUAGUAGAGCAACCGGUUUUGACUCUGUUACAAUAAAAAAAAAUCCUUGGUUUGAGCCAAGAUAAAAAAAACUGAAAUCUUAUUAGUGUUAAGACAAGUAGCGAUUUACCAUGGAAUUACUUUGUGGCAUGUAAAUGAAAAGAGGUAUUUGUGUAUCAUUCUAUUCCCAAUUUUCCGAAUAUUUACCUCUAAUUCUGCACCAAAACUUUCAUUUCAUUCUACAUUUACAAAUUUUGGAAAUGAAUUGUCCCAUCUCUUCAGAUAUUGACUUUUUGGUCUGCCUAAGUAAUUUAGGGAUGGUUUUGGUUUUAAUGUUCAUGUGAAAAGAAAGAUAUAAAAGCAAAGAAUGACAUAAGAAAUUCUAUUUAAAGAGAACAACAUUUAAGAAAAAAAUUGACAUCUAUAAUUUGCCAUGAAGAAAACCUAUUAGGUGGUUACCAACAUGGCAUUCCCCCCCCCCUUUUUUUUUGAGGGAAUGUGGUCUUUUAUAUGCAAAUAAUAUUUGCAUGUGAAAUUGGUAUAAAAAUGAUAAUCUUUUACCAGUAAAAAGAAAUGUGGACGUCAAGUUUGAGUGUAGUUGUUGGUCAGGAUAAGAAGGGGGGAUCAUGGACCCGCUUAAUCGUAGAUAUCUUCUCAAUAGCCUCUGUCCUUUUGAGUUUAAAACUUAUUUCUCUUAUUUCAGUUGCUAUUGAUGAUUUUAUGUUAGCCCUUUGGCUACUGGAACUAAUGGUCCCUGUUUAUAACCAUUAGGAUUAUUUUAUCUAUAAAAAGUCAAUAGGUUGUCAAGAAGCAGAAUAUUAGAGAAACAUAUCUGAAUGUUUCAUAUAUUUUCAAAUAUAUGUCUUGAUUAAAGGAUUUUAUCAAUAUAAAACGGCAUGCCGGUAUACAUUGUAUAUUCCAUCAAUAUGAAGGAGAUACAAAAUAUAUUUUUUGACAGGGCAUAUGAAAUGUGAGCUCACAAAACACAUCACAGAGUUUCAAAUGAUUCACAAAGGUAAAACGAAAAACACAAAGCAAUUGAUUUUUAAAUCUUCAUUUUUUUUCCUUUAGCCUGACAUACAUUAUUUCUUUCGCUUUUCACUUAAAAUCAAGUUCAGAUCCUGACCUUUAUCAGUAACUACAAGUAGAUAUAAUCUCAGAAAUCAUCAUGUUAUCAUCAAUGUUUAUUGACAAAGAAUGAAAUUCAGUCACAGUUUGCUUAAAUAUUUUUUUUUUUAAAUAAAAUCUUAAGAUUAUUUGCUACAAAUUUAAAGUAUUUCACAUUUCAUUUUUUAUUUUUUAAAUUGUCAAUUUCCUACUUAUUUAUUGAAGAGAUCUUUUUCCGAAAUGUAUAUUUUUCAAUGUUUUCCUAUGUGUAAUAUGUGUAUAACUAGAUGUAUAAACUUAAACGAGAGAAAAAAAAUCUUAACCCCUCUGUUCUCAGGAUUAUAUUAAGCUACCUUUUUAGAAGUAUUGUUGUUUAAUGUUACAAAAAAAUAUGUGCAAAAGGUUCAGCGUUUAACUUGUUUCAUUGUCACAAGUCAUAUAUAUGUGUUUGAGAUGUUGCUGUAAAUAGCUAUUUGAUCUCAUCUGUAUAUACAUCACUAUUAGAUCUCUCAUGUGGAUUCUGUGAAGCUUCUCCUUGUAGCUGUAAUAGAACUUGAUUUUAUGUAAAUGUAUGGAAGAGUGUCAGUUCAUCUCUUCCAUAUCUAACACAAUCUAUAGAUUUUGUUUGGUUUCUUUAUUUUCAAUCCACCUAUGGUCUAUGAUGUGUAUGGAAAAUUAAAAAAGCGAUUUGUUUCAUGGCAUUUUAUGUACUAGAUGAGAAUAACUUAACUUUACAAUGAAUUGAAUUUUGGGAAGCUCAAUAGGAUUCUGAUGAUAUUUUGAGUUAGAAUGAGAAGGAACAUUAUUACAAUUACAGAUUAUCAACAUUUCUUAUUCAAUGCGUAUUUUGCCAAUCCUUCUAGAGAAUGAUCAGAAAUACCACAACACACUUUGUUAGUAUUUUCACAAAAAAAUUGUAGGUUUCCUACUUGACUUUCCAAAUGCAAUUUGUUUGUAAAAUUGUUCUUAACGUACACACAGUUUUAUGAAAUACUCCUACGGUUACCUGCAAUUUUAGCUAUGAAAUACUAUGUUGCAUCAGCUCUGCGGUGGGAUUUCCAACUUAAAAUGAUCCCACAUAUGAUCUGUGUGUGUAAAAUUAGACACUGAUCCACUAAUCUGCAAUGUUGUACAUGUAAUACCAAUAUUAUGUAGAGAAGUAUAUGACUUUAUUGAAAAUCAAGAGACACUGCAAAUGCUCCUAUUGUCAUCUAUGUAGUCUCUGCCCAAAGAUGGGUUUUAUUUUGGUUAGACUCUGAAUACAAUUUUGAAAAAUAUACAUCCAGGGAACCAGGGCAAUAUAACAGUGGUUUGUGUUAUAGUAGGGACUUUUCGGUUUGCUUGUUCACUUUGCUAUGUCAUUAUGUUGCAACAAUAUGCUUUUGUCCAUACAAUGUUUUUUUAAUGGAACUCUGUGACUUAGCAUAUUAUCCUGUUAAAAGAUGUCAUAGCAAACAGUUGAUAUACAUUGAUACAUUAGUCAAGGCUGGGCAUGAUGAUUGUCUCAGAUUGCUUUGCUCAAUCAACUUUGAAUGUUGUGAACCACUAAGCAGAAUGUGGAGUAUUAUGUAUGGCAUACAUGUACUACGUAGCAGUCCACUGGUGAAUGUACAAAUCGAAAACUCCCUAAUUACUCCCUAAGCUAUAUUGUUCUAAUUGUUGGAAUAACAAGAAUUGAGAAUACUCAACAGGAGCAAUAAGGAUUUCAAUCACGAUUUUAUUAGAGCAUAUUAUUGAAAAUGUAACUGUAUUUUGGAUUUUGAAACCAUUUCGGAAACACCCGGAGAACCAACUUGAUUUUCACAUUUUCAUGAACUUCAAAUACAGAGUCUAAUAUAUUGUAAAGAUUGUCAUUCAUACACAUUUGUCAUCAUAACAACCAGAGUGUUCACUUCUUUUUGCAGGGCAGGUGCAGAUGAAUGGCAACAGAAUUGGCUUGCAUAAAAAGGAAACAAGUUUUGCCCUUAGGCAUUUAGUCUUUGAAUGUGAUAUGUUAUAAUUCUGGUCUUACAAGGAUGCAUCACUAUAGGAUCAUUCAUCUGUAUGAUUCGGAAAACCACUGAAAAGAGAGAAAAAUAUAAUUCCUUUUUCUUAAAUAGGAUAGUUGAAACAUAUUAUAUUUGUCCUAUUUUAAGAAAAGAAAGAAUCAUUCAAAAAAAUGAAAGACUCUUGUAUCCCUGUCUAUGUAGGCAUAAAAAUAGCCCAAUCUUUUAUGAUUAAAAAAAAUGCAACUGAAAGAGAUGGCAAUGAAUUUCUGCACUUCUUACCCAAAUAUACAACAUAUUUCACUUUUUUAGCAAAAUGCACCAUUUUCUAUCUACAAAGAUGUACAUACAACAUUUUAAACGUGCAAUUACACAGCAUGAUACUGUGUUCAAAUUACAUAAGAUUAAUUACACACUGAAUUUAUCACUGGAUACAUGUUUAAGGUAAUUCUGGUUAAAAACUGAAUUUUCCGCCCUGACUUUGUUAUUAGUUGAUUUCAAAGUUAUAUUUCAUUUCCUAUCCUACAAUUUUACCUCAAAAUUCAAACAAAAUGAAACUAUGAAACCAUGAAUGAUGCAUUUAUGUUGAAUCAUGACUGUGUGUUUUAGCUCCCCAAUGUAAGGAGGAAACAAAACAAAAAGUCUAUUUUACAUGUUUUACUCAAAACUCGAGAUGAAUACAAUAGAAAUGUGUAAUAUAUAGAUAUAUGUCUUCUUUUUAAGUAUGAUAGUAAAAUGUGAGUGAGUUUGAGAAUUAGCAUGACUUUGUUUGAAUGAAACAACCAAAGAUAACACCAGGUCACUGUCUUACAAAGAGCUACAAGUGAUCUGAUUAAUCUCAACUAUAGAAAGCUAGCAAUGCUUACAUCUAGAAUAUAUAUGACUGUUUAAAGUGUAUAUCUUGAUGACUUAUUACUACUUGUAUGGCACAGGUCUAGAGUAAAAUGUGAAAAAUGCAGUAAUUGCGCAUCCCGUAAUAACAGCGAGAACCCUUUUGACAUUUUUAAUACAUUUUUUGGCUUGUCGAAUUUUAUCCGAUAGAUACAUGUAUGUCCAGUAUUUGGGGCUAAUGAUUAUAAUUUUUUUUGGGGGGGGCUUGUCAAAUAUUUCAGGCAAUUCGCACCCUAUUGAGGUGUGACUCUGGAUUUGUGCUUGCUUUAAAUAGACUCAUGCAUAUAUUAAUUUCUUGAAAAUUCAAUUUGCACCUUAAUUUAUUUUUAAAAGGACAUUGUGUACAUAUCCUAGAUGAAUAAUUAUGACAUUGAUUUCCAUUGGUAAGAUUGAUUGGAUUAAUCAUAGCUCUUUGUAAGGCUGCACCCAGAUGGUUUAGCAAAGUUUUAUGAAUGUUUGUGUGUGGAUGCAUAUAUUUGAGUCUUCUCCUGUUUGUAUGCUUAUGAAGUGUGUGUGAGUGUGUGUGUGUGCAUGGGACUUGUAGAGCCCCAAUUCUCUUUGAUGUUUUAACUUGCAAGUUGUAGCAUUGUAUCUAUGUGUACUCUUGCGUGUUUCGAGCUGUAUCCAUGGUUUCUGCAUUAAAUUUUUGUCUUGCUGAACAGAA